GGGGAUGAUAAACUAGUGUUGCCCAAAAAUGAUUCCUUGGAGAGAGUACGUCAGUAUCAGGGAGAACUUCUGAAUUUAAGGGAGAAUAAAAUGAGGAAAAAACAGGCUGCAGUAAAAGCAAACCCUGUUCAACCAGUUGUUGCUCUAACACCAGAAGUGCAGGAAAUGGAGUCGGCUUUCAAAUCCCAACUAGCGCAUGAGUUUGAGAGGGUGCUUAUUUAUGAGAGCCCAGCAUUGCAAGAAAAAGCCCGUCAAGUUCUGCCCAUACAAGAGAUGCAUGAACUGGCCCGAAAGAAUUUAUCAACAGUUAACAGCGCUGUUGGCAAAGGUGAAAAGCCUUUGGAUUUUCAGGACUGUGUGUUGGUGGAACUUCUGAAAUGGUUUAAAAAUGAUUUCUUCAGUUGGUUUGAUGCCCCUAGUUGUCCACAGUGUCAGUCAAACAUGAAGGCUACAGGAUCAUUGCCACCCACAGAUGAAGACCUUAAAUGGAAUGGCAAUCGCGUUGAAGGUUAUUCAUGUCAGGCAUGUGAUACAACUGAUCGCUUUGUGCGAUACAAUCAUCCAGCCAAACUUUUAGAGACCAGACAAGGACGAUGUGGAGAGUGGGCCAACUGUUUCACUUUAUUCUGUCGUACAUUAGGAAUGGAUGCAAGAUAUGUGCAUGAUCACACAGAUCAUGUGUGGACUGAGGUUUACUCUCAGUCACAGGGUCGUUGGUUGCAUGCAGACUCUUGUGAGAAUAAAAUGGAUACACCCCUAAUGUACGAAUGUGGAUGGGGCAAGAAACUCACUUACAUAAUAGCAUAUUCCAAAGAUGAAUUAGUUGAUGUUACUUGGAGAUACACAGCUAACCAAAAUGAAGUUCUUAGAAGAAGGAAAAAGUGUAGAGAAUCAUGGCUUGUGUCUACAAUCUUGGAAAUGAACAAACAGCGUCAGGCAGCAUUUCCAGAACCAAAGAGAAAAUUUUUGGAACAUCGCCUGGUAGCAGAAAUAGCAGAAUUCUUCAGGGCUGAAAAGCAUUAUAAAGAAUCUGAAAAUGAGGGUCGCAAUUCCGGCUCACUCGCAUGGCGUUUAGCACGAGGAGAGACACUAUAUGGAAGUUCACAAAACUACAUCUUCAAACUUACAGAAAAAGAAGUGAACAAGAAAGAGUUCCUAGUUAAAUAUUCUCCUGCAAGGGAUGAGUAUAUAAGGAUCUCUUCAGAUGGAGAAGUUCGAAAAGGAUGGCAGACCGGAAUUAAAGAAGUUAAAGACGUCUUCAGGAAGCAUGAAACUGACUGGAAGACAGUAUAUUUAGCUAGAUGUGAAGGGACAAGUUUUGGUGAGAUCAGUUGGCAGGUUGAUUGGUCUGAAACUGGGCUGACCUGCAAGUCUAUAUUAAUCGUCUUUCAACAUUCUACAUUUGAGAAUGGAUCAGUGUCCUGGCAAUUGUGCACUGGAGAUAAAUGCUACAUGGGAAACAAAGAUGGAGUUUUGGAGCUUAAGGGAGAAGAUUUGAAUGACAGUCCAGUGAAACUUGAGCUGUCUGCUAAACUUGCAAAUGGCAAGGGGGACUGCGCCUGGCAACAUGCUCAGCUUUUCCGUCAGUUGGAUUCUGCAACAGAACAGUUCCCUCUUCUUAUACAUAUUAAUUUUUGGUGAUUUGUAAUUGUCAUCUAAUUCAGAAUUGAUAACUUUCCUGUCAACAUCUUUGGAUAUAUUUUUUAUUGUAUUUUGUAAAAAGUUAUUAAGCAAAAUACAGUUUUGAUUAAGCUUACUGUAUAUUUUGCUGGUUUAAUUUGUGAUGAUGACUGUCUAGGCAUUGUUAUUUAAAAAAUUAUACAAUGGCAUCUUUGUUACUUGUUCAUCAGGAUUAACUGAUUCCGUUUUUAUUAUUGAUAUGAUUGUUAUAAAUAUUAAUAAUAAUGAUAAUGAUAAUAUUACUAUAUGAA